AUGUUCGCAUUCGCAACGUCUUCCCGUCUCGGACGUCGCUAUAGCUACUAUGCCGUGACAUUCAUCGCCGUGGCCGUGGUAUUUCUGGUCGCUCAAUGGCACCGUACAUCUCAAGGGAGAAUCAGGAGUACCGACCAUUCGAAAUGGCAUAUGCUUGAACGUAGCCAAAGGUACACUCGGCUAGUCGGUGGGACGGAUGGCUUCUAUACUUUUGACAACGUGUUCGUCAAGAACCAGGUGAUACACCUGGUACAGAACCCAAACCUACCGGAAUUCCCGGCUCUCGAAACGAUCGUAACGUCCCAUCCGAACUCGCCACAGAGCUCGACCCUAGAGCCCUUUCCCUACCAUAAAGUAGCUGCAAGUCUGAGCGGUGGACGGUACCCAGAACUGCCACGACUGAGAGUAUUGACGACCGACGAGGCGGCUCGAGAUAUACCAGGAUGGAAUGAGUCCGAGCCUGUUCCUUCGCCGAACCGUUGGUGGCGAGCCUCUACUUCACCUAACUCGGUCGAGGUGCUACCAGGCACGACGUUUUACAUGGCGGAUGACCCUGAAAUAACGGGAUGGGGUAGCUUGAUGUAUCACUAUUUCCAUUUCACCGCCGAGCUGAUGAUCGGGACGUACCACACCUAUUCGGUCGUCGAACGGACUGAGCCGCUGUACGACGGCGUAGUCGCCAGGCGGGAUAAUGAGAGUUUCGGCCUCAGCAAUCUACCACGUCGGGCUACUCCACAGGACUCAGCUCCUGGCGGGGUAUAUUACCUUGGUCACGAACCAGACAAGCUGAGAGACCUCACAUCAACGAGAUCAGGAAACCCGCCUACUGCCGACCAUUCUGAGUCGUCUCGGCCGGAACUUCAAGCUUUCGAUUCGACCCGGCUCGAACCGCCUGCACGGAUCAUCUUUCCAUUCUGCACCGACUGGGAGGGCAAGACGUUACAAGAGAUGGUGGUGAAGACGAUAUUCGGUGCGAUCGAUCUGAUGCGGACGCAUGCUUGGCGAGCACUCAACGCGGACGGCGAUUGGCGAAUGUUCGAACGGGUCAUCAUCGUUGACAGGCACGCAGCUCAUCACAACAAAUCGUCCCCGGCAUCGAUUUGGAACAAGAUGGCUAUGGAGGCGCUCGAUCUGCCCGAACCUUCAAGUGACUACCCCUUCUGGCUCGACCCGCAGCAACGGUUCCUCGAAUCUCUGGACCUCGCUGCCGUGCCACUUGUACGGGAAGUUUCCCACGGUCAACCCAAAGCUUUGUCCCCAUCGCAGGUCAAGGUUGUCUACGUCAGCCGACAAGAGACGGAUCGGAAACUCGAUGAAAGGAGCGAGCUUGGCCUACAGACCGCGUUGCACAAGCUGGCCGGCGAGUCAUUCCGACGGAAGGACGGCAAGGCGACGCACGUUCUGGUUGAGAUCGCCCGUUUCGAGCACAUGGCGGUGCGAGAGCAGAUGGAGGUCGUCCACAAUGCAGACGUGUUGAUCGGCGUGCAUGGGAUGGGAAUGACCCACUGUUUGUGGUCACGGGCAGGAUUGACACUGAUCGAGAUCUUGGCCCCGACCGCCUUUAUACGAGACUUUGACGUAUUGACUAGAGCUCUCGGGCACCGAUACAUUCCAGUCUGGAACGAUACGAAAGUCGCCUCGGACGUCUGGCUGACGAUGGCAGACACACCGAAUGUCGACAAGCUGCAUGAUGGUACUCGAUGCGGUAUUCGUAGAACGCCUCCUACGUGA